AUGACAACAACAAAUGAUAACCAUGAAGCUACUUUCCUUCACGAAGGUGGACGCAUUGGCUUCUUGACCGCAGAUGUUAGCGGCUUGUUGCAGGACCUACGCGAGUACAAACCCGUUUGCCUCAUCACUGUUCCACGAAUUCUGAUUCGUAUUUACAACCAAGUGCUGCUGCGUAUAUCGUACUCAAAAUUCUUACUGGCCUUAUUCCGAUGGGCUAUCAGACAAAAGUUGGCCGAACAACGUCGGGGGAUUUAUCGACAAGCCGGUCUGCUUGACCGGCUGUUCUUUAGGCCCAUCCGCGAGCAAACCGGCGGUCAAGUGCAAAUCGUUAUUUCAGCGAGUGCACCUGCUUCUGAGGAAGUAUUGGACUUCAUCAGAGCCGCAUUCUCCUGUCCAGUGAGUUCCAUGGGGUAUUUUCUCCCACUUCUUGUGUCAUUUGCUGAAAUGCUUUAG